AUGGGAUUUAGCCAUCUGAAAGUUCACAUGCGCAUUCACAGUGGUGAGCGUCCCCAUGAGUGCAAUAUAUGCAAGAAGACAUUUAGACAAUCAGGUAGUCUGAGAAAUCACAUGGUCAUUCACAGUAAUGAGCGCCCUCUCGAGUGCAGUAUAUGCAAUAAGACAUUUCAACGAACAAAUAAUCUGAAAAGUCACUUGUUGACUCAUAGCAGUGGGCUACCUUAUGAAUGUUCAAUAUGCAAUAAGACGUUCAGACUUUUAUGCACUCUGAAAAGUCACAUGCUGAUGCACAACGGAGUAUGUCCUUAUGAAUGCAAUGCGUGCAAUAAGACAUUCACACAAUUAAGGUAUCUGAAAAAUCACAUGCUGGUACACAAUGAAGUACGCCCUCAUGAAUGCAAUGUAUGCAAUAAGGCAUUCAAACGAUCAAGUUCUUUGAAAGAACACUUGCGGAUUCAUAAUGGAGAGCAUCCUUAUAAAUGUGAAAUUUGCAAUAAGGGAUUUGCUCAAUCAUGCAAUUUAAAGAAACACAUGGCUCUUCAUAGUCGAGAGCGUGAUGAAAAUCUGUAA